UUUUAUUAAACUACAUUUCCCAUGAUGCCUGAAGCACAGGACUACAGAAGCAAACAUGGCGGCCAUUGGCAGGUUUUUGAAGAAUGCUUGGAAUAAAGAGCCUGUGAUCACAGUUUCCUGUGGACUCGGACUGCUGGCUUGUAUUCUGCCGGUUGUGAGCCCUUUAACAAAGUACACGGGAAUGUUGAACAAAGCUGUUCCAUUUAAUUAUCCAGUCCCGGUUCGAGAUGAUGGAAACAUGCCAGACGUCCCAGCGCACCCUUGUGACCCACAGGGGACAAGCCUGGAGUGGCUAAAAAACCUGUGAAAAGUCCUUCAGAAUCCUGUACAAUCCUGAAUCCAAACCCUCCUUUACUUCUGUCGCACUAAAUGAAUUUCCCUCAAUAAACGCUCUUUAUUUAAUUA